GCAGAGAAGCUGGACGAGGCGGACCCCGUGGUCACCACGACCUACGGCAAGCUGAGAGGUUUCAAGAAAGAGCUCAACAACGAGAUCCUAGGACCUGUCAUCCAGUUCCUGGGGGUGCCCUACGCGGCGCCCCCUACAGGGGAGAGGCGCUUCCAGCCCCCCGAGGCGCCUGUGUCUUGGCCGGACGUCCGAAACGCCACCCAGUUUGGCCCGGUAUGUCCCCAGACCAUUCUGGAGGGCAGGUUGCCAGACGUCAUGCUUCCCGUAUGGUUCACCAACGGCCUGGAGGUGGUCGCAUCCUACGUGCAGGAACAGAGCGAGGACUGCCUGUUCCUAAACAUCUAUGUGCCCACGGAGGAUGGUCCCCUUACAAAGAAACACUAUGAUGAUUUAGCUGAUAAUGACGGUGGGGAAGACGAAGACAUCCGUGAAAGUGGGAGUCCCAAGCCAGUGAUGGUGUUUAUCCAUGGAGGCUCUUACAUGGAGGGAACGGGGAAUAUGUUCGAUGGCAGCAUCUUGGCCAGUUAUGGCAAUGUCAUCGUCAUAACCCUCAACUAUCGGCUGGGUGUCCUCGGCUUUUUAAGCACCGGCGAUCAGGCAGCAAAAGGGAACUACGGGCUCCUGGAUCAGAUCCAAGCCCUGCGCUGGACUAGUGAGAACAUCGCCUUCUUUGGCGGCGAUCCUCUGCGCAUUACCGUGUUCGGAUCCGGAGCCGGGGCCUCCUGCGUGAAUCUGCUCACGCUGUCCCAUUAUUCCGAAGGUAACCGCUGGAGCAAUUCCACCAAAGGCCUCUUCCAGAGGGCUAUUGCCCAGAGUGGCACCGCUUUGUCCAGUUGGGCUGUGAGUUUCCAGCCUGCUAAGUACGCCCAUAUGCUCGCCAGAAAAGUGGGCUGCAACCUCCAGGACAGCGUGGAGCUGGUGCAGUGUCUACAGAAGAAACACUACAAGGAGCUGGUGGAACAGGACAUCCAGCCUGCUCGCUACCACAUCGCCUUCGGGCCCGUCAUCGAUGGCGACGUCAUCCCAGACGACCCGCAGAUCCUCAUGGAGCAGGGCGAGUUCCUGAACUACGACAUCAUGCUGGGCGUGAACCAGGGCGAGGGCCUGAAGUUCGUCGAGCUCAUCGUGGACAACGAGAACGGUGUGCAGGCCAAUGAGUUCGACUAUGCCGUGUCCAGCUUCGUGGACGACCUUUACGGGUACCCCGAGGGGAAGGACAUCCUCCGGGAGACCAUCAAGUUCAUGUACACCGACUGGGCCGACCGCCACAACCCGGAGACCAGGAGGAAGACCCUGCUCGCGCUCUUCACCGACCACCAGUGGGUGGCGCCAGCCGUGGCCACGGCCGACCUGCACUCCAGCUUUGGGUCACCCACGUACUUCUACGCGUUCUACCACCACUGCCAGACGGAGCAGGUGCCGGCCUGGGCCGACGCGGCGCACGGCGACGAGAUCCCCUACGUCUUCGGCCUGCCCAUGAUCGGACCCACCGAGCUCUUCCCCUGCAACUUCUCCAAGAACGACGUGAUGCUCAGCGCUGUGGUGAUGACCUACUGGACCAACUUCGCCAAGACCGGUGACCCCAACCAGCCAGUCCCCCAGGACACCAAGUUCAUCCAUACCAAGCCCAACCGCUUUGAGGAGGUGGCGUGGACGCGCUACAACCAGAAGGACCAGCUGUACCUCCACAUCGGCCUCAAGCCCCGCGUCAAGGAGCACUACCGCGCCAACAAGGUCAACCUCUGGCUGGAGCUGGUACCCCACCUGCACAGCCUGAACGAGGGCACACAGAUCGUCUCCACCACCACCAAGGUACCGCCCCCCGAGGCCACGCCCCGCCCCAAGAAGCUGCCGGCCAACACCAAGCGGCCCUUCCCCGCACCCUUUCCCACCGAGACUCAGGACGCCCAGAACCAGAAUCAGAACCAGCCCUUCCUGGUGGACCAGCGGGACUACUCCACGGAGCUGAGCGUCACCAUCGCCGUGGGUGCCUCGCUGCUCUUCCUCAACAUCCUGGCCUUUGCCGCGCUCUACUACAAGAAGGACAAACGGCGGCACGAGGUGCAUCGCCGAUGCAGCCCUCAGCGGGCGCCUGCCGGCGAGCUGCCUCACGCCCAGGAAGAGGAGAUCAUGUCCCUGCAGAUGAAGCAUGGAGACCUGGAGCGCGAGUGCCGCGAGGCCAUGCACCCGCACGAGGUGGUCCUCAGAACUGCCUGCCCCCCCGACUACACGCUGGCCAUGCGCCGCUCGCCUGACGACAUCCCCCUCAUGGCCCCCAACACCAUCACCAUGAUCCCCAACAGCAUGGCGGGCCUCGGGUCCCUGCACGCCUUCGGCGGCUUCCCCGGGGGGCAGCAGAACAACACGCUGCCCCACCCGCACCCACACUCGCACUCAACCACCCGAGUAUAGCCUCCCCCGCGGCGACGCCACACAAGCACACACCUCACACUCGCCGCACAGACACACCACACCUGGACACACGCAAAGCCCGGCCUGCGCGGCACGGCGGCUCCCCCUCCCCCCCACGCCCGUGCGCCGAAACACGGCCCUGAUAUCCGUGGGAGAUAUCCGCGCCCCUGCCGUUCAAGGGAACCUGGAAUACCGAGAGGGUUUUUUUUUUCUCUCCCUAGGAUGAAAAACAUUUUAUAUUAGAAGAAAAGAGUAAAUGUGUGAAACCGUUUCAGAUUUAAUGGAAAAAAAAAAGAGAGAUGGAUGAAUUUUUUUUCUACUGGUAUUGUGAGGAAACUCGGCAAAUGGAGAUCACUCCCGGUGGCUUGAAGAAUGGCUUGAUUCAGUUAUCCAGGGAGAAAACAGUAGCAGUAGCAGAGACAGCGUGUAGGAGGCCCUUUGUAAAUGAAAGAAAACAUAUUGUUUUCCCGAGGCAUUGGAUUGUAGAUUACUGUCUCUGGAGCAGAGUGGAGAUGUGGCUUACCUAAUUUAGGAAUGUGUUCUCCUAAGAAUGGAGGCAUUGUAAGAUAUGGAAUAAACCAUUACCGGAAAAUGGGGGGGGAGUGGGACAGAUCUCCUCCAGAAUAUGCACAAUUGAGACAUUCACCAAAUGUCUUGGGAUCUUUUUCCUCCAUUUAUUUUUUGGGAACAAUUUUAUUGUAUAGAAUCUAUUUACAUAUCUAGAUAUGUACACAAAGCACCAUUGCUGU